CAGUUUCCGUCGAGUAGCGAGUGGGAAACGAGCGUUUUUCCAUGCGGUCCUGAAUAAUGGAAGGGGUGGGGGGGUGAAGAAGAAUCUUACGUAUCAUUGAUAGCAUGGAAAUUUGGUGGUUAAUUUAAAUUUGAAAAAAAAAUUAUAUAUUUUUUUUUGGGGAAGUUUUUGUGUGUUUUAAUUUGUAGUUGAAACUGAACAUUUUUUAUUGAUAGUUGAUAUAAAGACAAAUGAACCAUGUACGGGUUAAUCAUAGAAAACAUGGCGGAGUACAUCAAGGCCACGUACGGCGAAGACAAGUGGGAGGAAAUUCGAAGGUCCGCAGGUGUGGAUCAGCCGAGUUUCAGUACACAUCAAGUAUAUCCCGAGGGACUCAUUCCCAGAUUAUCCAAGAAAGCUGUACAGAUUCUCAAAGUGAGCGAGAAAGAGUUCUUCGACCAAAUGGGCGUGUUCUUUAUCGGAUUCGUCAGUCAGUACGGGUACGAUCGCGUCCUAUCGGUACUGGGGCGACACAUGCGCGAUUUCCUUAACGGCCUGGACAAUCUGCACGAAUAUCUGAAAUUCUCUUACCCGCGCAUGCGCGCUCCCAGUUUCAUAUGCGAAAACGAGACCAAACACGGUCUGACGUUACACUACAGGAGUAAACGGCGAGGGUUCGUUUAUUAUACCAUGGGGCAAAUUAGGGAGGUGGCGCGACACUUUUACCAUAAAGAGAUGAAGAUAGAGUUGGUAAGAGAGGAACUCUUAUUCGAUAUGGUACACGUGACCUUUCAACUCACUUUUGACAAUAGGGCGUUCACGUUGGCCUCCCUCACUAUGACACGCGAGGAGAAGCAUUUACCCAUAAGCGCUUCUGUACUGUUUGAGAUAUUUCCGUUUUGUAUAGUUUUUGGAUCCGAUAUGGUAGUUCGUAGCAUAGGAAACUCUCUGAUGGUCAUAAUGCCGGAUCUUUUAGGGAAGAAGAUCACCAACUGGUUUGAUCUCGUACGACCAUUGACCGCCUUUAAAUUUAGUUCGAUAUUAAACAGAACAAACAACAUCUUUGAGUUAGUUACCGUGGAGCCAAUUUUAAACGAUAAACCUUCUGGUAGACAAGAGUUAAUAAUGAGCGAUGAGAUGGACAAUUACAACGAGGAGAGGAAUCUUAGACUGAAAGGGCAAAUGAUUUACAUGGAAAACUGGAAAAUGAUGAUGUACCUGGGCACCCCAGUGAUGCCGGACCUAAAUUCCUUAAUCAAUUCCGGACUAUACAUAAACGACUUAUCCAUGCACGACUUCAGUCGAGACUUGAUGUUGGCUGGUACUCAGCAAUCAGUGGAGUUAAAACUAGCCCUGGACCAGGAGCAGCAAAAAAGCAAAAAACUGGAAGAAUCCAUGAGGAAACUGGACGAAGAAAUGAAACGAACUGACGAGUUGCUGUAUCAAAUGAUCCCGAAACAAGUGGCGGAUCGGCUUAGGAAAGGGGAAAACCCUAUUGAUACUUGUGAGAUGUUCGAUAGUGUCUCUAUCCUUUUCUCGGACGUGGUCACGUUUACGGAGAUCUGCAGUCGUAUCACUCCAAUGGAGGUGGUUUCCAUGUUAAACGGGAUGUACUCGAUAUUCGACCGGUUAACUGAGCGGAAUAGGGUCUAUAAAGUCGAGACCAUUGGGGAUGCUUACAUGGUGGUCUCGGGGGCGCCCGCCAAAGAGGGCAACCAUGCCGAGAGGGUCUGUGAUAUGGCCCUUGAUAUGGUCGAGGCUAUUACCGAUUUAAAGGAUCCUUCCACCGGUCAGCACCUUCGGAUCCGCGUGGGAGUACAUUCGGGCGCAGUCGUGGCUGGUAUAGUAGGAUUGAAAAUGCCCAGGUACUGCCUAUUUGGUGAUAGUGUAAACACAGCCUCCCGAAUGGAAUCCUCCAGCGAAGCGAUGAAAAUCCACAUAUCAGAGUACACAAGAGACUGUUUGCCGCACUCGUAUAAAGUGCAAGAAAGAGGCGAGAUCCAGAUAAAAGGAAAAGGUACUAUGAAAACUUAUUGGUUAUUGGGAAGGGAGUGCAGAACCCCGGUACCAAGAUUACACCAAGCAAAACCGGUGGUACUCUCGCAAGAAGUGUCCCUGAGGUCUGAGAUAACGAACGGUCAAUAUUCCAGACCUACGAGUCCCAAGGACCUACUGGGAAGGACGGUGGUAUAUUCCCCCAUCACGUUCCAGGAUGUUGCUAGGAGGAGUAUUGCCAGUUCGCCCGUUAAAACUUCUUCGAAUAACCGUGGGACAAGGUCAAACUCGGAGGGAGCAACUGCCUCCCUAUGGGAUCCAGUGCACUACUUCGGAACUCCCAUAUCCAGACGUGAAUCUCUGGAUGACUGUGAAUGCGACAAUAACAGUUUGCUUAGUAAUAGCGCUAGCUUAAACAGUUCCAGGAACACUUCGCCCCCGCCACUUUACACUGAACCUAAACCUUUAGUGCAAGAAGAAAAAAAGAGGAAAUCCAUUGAUAUCGCAAGCAGUACAAGUUCGAUCAAUUCUCCAGCCCUGACCACGCCCUCGAGCAUUUUGGUCAAACGACGAGACUCCGGACACACCUCAGAUGCCACCGCGGUGAAAAAAGUCGAGAUCGACGACGUACCGACCCAAAUUGAACCCCAGGAAAACAAUAUUCACAGUCACAGUCCACCAGAGACGCCGGAAUUCGGAAGGGCGAUGUACAAAUACGCGAAAAAGUUGAACAAACAUAAAGAAAUUCCCGAGUCGAGGAGUGAGGGCGACAUCAAGAAGAAGGAGUUUCUGACUAGGAGCAGUUUGAUCAACAGCAAAAGCCAUCCGAGCCUGGGAGAUAAAACCGAUAACAGUAGACAACAGCAAUGCUGUUCCGGAUUCGGCACCUCCAACAGUAGACAUAAGUUACAAAAUAACGCUUGCAGUAUGAUUUAAUGGAGUUAUUUUUUUUAUGUGAUGGAAAAUAGUUCAUAUCUGAAUCAAGCUAUUACUAGGUUAAGCACCAAUCGAAUUACCGUUAUUAAUAACAAUUUAGUUUGUAUAGGCGUUGUUUCAUCUAGUCAUUUGUACAUAUUUUUGUUAGCUGGUUUAACAAAAAAUAAAUAAAUUAUUAUAUUUUAUAUAAUGUAAUGUUUCACUUUGCUAUGUGUAUAUUUUGCAGUAUUCUUUGUAUAUUUUAAAUAAAAAUUAGAUGGAAAAUAUUCAAAUAGAUAGUGAAUGUUUAUUAUUAAUAAUUAUGAAGUUUAUAUACUAAAUACUCAAAGAGUUUAAUGAAGUUCACUUGGAUUAAUAGAGAAAUGUAAUGGCAGGCAAUCAAAAUGAUGAAGAAGAUUUAUGUGUGAUUAUACAGGAUGUUAAUUAAAAAUUAUAUUAAAUUCAAAAGAACUUUAUUGUAUAUGUGAAAAUUGUAUUAAG